AUGUUUGUGAUCAAAGAGCCCCAGAAGCUGCAGCAUUUGUAUGAAUCUUUGGAAAAAAACAUCCCUGAGUCCUAUAAGGUGUAUGGUGCCAUUUUCCACAUUAUAAAUAAAAACCCAUUCAACCUGGAGGUGCUCGUGGAUGCCUGGCCAGAUUAUCAGAUAGUUAUUACUCGGCCUAAGAAAGAGGAGAUGAACAAUGAUCUGGAUCAUUAUACCAAUACUUACCACAUCUUCACCAAAGCUCCUGACAACUUAGAGGAAGUCCUGGCAUGCCCCCAGGUUAUCAACUGGGAACAAGUCUUCCAGAUCCAAGGUUGCCAAGAGAACCUGGGUGAGGCAAUAAGAAAGAUUUCAGCUUCAAAAUCAGUGCAGGUGGAUUACACGAAGACCAUACUCUUUUCACUACAAAUACCAGGGAAACGCGAGACGUCAAGUGAUGGCAAGGAGGAUAUGACACAGAUAUUUAAACAAUCCAAAGAGAAUGGAUUUUCAAACAUCAUCUUGGAUACUUCAUAUGCAAGGCUUGUGAAUGAGAAGUGGAACUUUGGAAAAAAUGAGAGGAGCUUGAAAUACGUUGAACGCUGCCUCCAGAAUUUCCCAUCAUUUGGUCUGCUGUGUCCAGAGGGGCUCCCUAUUUCUUGGAUUGUGAUGGAACAGUCCUGUGAGCUGAGGAUGGGCUAUACGGCCCCCGAAUAUCGCAAAAAAGGCAACAUGUGGCAAAUUUAUGUCCAAGUGGCAGAGUAUCUUACUCAGAAAAAAAAUCCAUGUUAUUUUCAUGUGGCAAGUAUGUAUGAAGUUAUUGUACAGAAAUGGAUAAAUUUUGGACUUAAGAGUCAUCCUUGUGGUUGGCAUCAGUGGAAGUGCAUCCCCAAGAAAUAUUGCUGA